AUGUUUGGAGCGAUUUUGAUGAGCCAGGCGUAUCACCCACAAAGAGCCCUUGAUAGACAAAACUGGAACCGAUUGAACCAGAUACACAAGAUGCUGCAGGUGUCGAUCCUGUGCUUGGCUGUGAGCCUGAGCGCUGCCCUGGUCUGUCCAGACGGAGGCAUGUGUGCAGAGAAGAACACUUGCUGCAAAAACACAGAGGGAAGCUACGGUUGCUGCCCACUUCCAAAAGCUGAAUGCUGUUCAGACCACCUCCACUGCUGUUAUGAAGGAACCAUUUGUGAUCUGGUCCAUCGCAAGUGUGUAAAUAAAACUGUGUCCCUGCCAUGGUUACUGCGUAUUCCUACUACACAGCUGGAGGAGACUGUGAAGGCAGUGGAUUGUCCUGACAAAGUGUCCGAGUGCCCGGAUGACACCACCUGCUGUGAGCUGCCUGAUGGCUCGUGGGGCUGCUGUCCACUGGUGAAGGCAGUCUGUUGUAAGGACAAGCAACACUGCUGCCCAGAAGGAAAACAUUGUGAUCUUGAGCACUCAACGUGUAACUCCCCCACAUCAGAGCCCAUUCCCAUGCUCAAGAAAGUUCCUGCUAGAAGACGGCUGGAAACUGCAGACGUGGGGGCAGUAACUUGUCCCGGAGGGAGAAGCAGCUGCCCAGAUGAUUACACCUGCUGCCUGCUUCCCACUGGAGACUAUGGCUGCUGCCCAUACCCAAAUGCCAUCUGCUGCAGUGAUCAUGAGCACUGUUGUCCCAGUAACUCGACCUGUGACCUGAAGAAGGAAAUGUGCCGGUCUGGAGACGCACUGAUGCCAAUGUUGAGGAAGAUUGCAGCUGCGUCUAAUGACAUUCGGUGUCCAGACGACUCCACUUGUCCUGACAAAACAACAUGCUGCAAGAUGUACGCCGGAGAUUAUGGCUGCUGUCCCAUGCCUGAUGCUGUAUGCUGCGAAGACAAGCUCCACUGCUGUCCGUCGGGAGCGCGGUGUGACUUGGUUCGUUAUAUGUGUGUUGCAUCUUUUUCCAACACGCCUAUGGUCAGUAAAGUCCCAGCUCUCAGGAAAGAAUCAGCAAAACUGCAAAAAGAAGUGGGAACAGUUCAGUGUGACGGUUCAGCGGUCUGUGCUGAUGGAACCACCUGCUGUAAAUUGUUAACUGGGUCCUGGGCCUGUUGUCCACUUCCUGAGGCUGUUUGCUGUAAGGACCACCUGCACUGCUGUCCACAUGGCACCGUGUGUAAUUUGAAAGCCUCUACGUGUGACAGUGAGACAGGGAGUCCAGUCAUGGCCCUGGUUGGCAAAGCUCCAGCAGAGGGCAGCGACAACACCAAAUGUGACAAAUCCACAAGAUGUCCAGGGAAAGCGACAUGCUGUAAAACUCCCACCGGAGACUGGGGCUGCUGUCCCCUGCCUGAGGCGGUUUGCUGUGAUGACCACAUUCACUGCUGUCCUCAUGGGACAGUGUGUAACCUGGCCGCUCAGACCUGUGAUGACCCUCUGGGAGUGAGUCCCUCUGUGUCCUGGGUAAAGAAGGUUCCGGCUGUGACCUCUGAAGUAGAAAAGGAGAAAUGUGACACAGAAACCAUGUGUCCUGGAGGAACUACCUGCUGCAAGAAGACUUCCGGACAGUGGGCCUGCUGCCCCCUGCCUCAGGCCGUGUGCUGUAAUGACCAUGAGCACUGCUGCCCUAGAGGCUACAAGUGUAACGUGGAGGCGCAGACCUGUGAUAAGCCGGGAGAGCUGAGCGUGCCAUGGCUGCAGAAGAUACCAGCUGUACAGAAGGAAAGCCUCCAGGUUCUGACUGUGUCUGCUCCGGCCCGGACCAUGUGUGACCCCCACACCAGCUGCCCACGGGGCACUACCUGCUGCUUCAUGAAGAACUCUCACAAAUGGGGAUGCUGUCCUGUCCCACAGGCGAUUUGCUGCAGUGAUGGGGAUCACUGUUGCCCUCGUGGCCACACUUGUGAAUCGCACCGCUCCUCCUGCUCCAAAGGGCCACAUGCGAUCCCCUGGUUGACCAAACUGAGUGCCUUCAAUGAGUCUGACUCUGCGGCUGAUGUUAAGUGUGAUGACAAGAGCAGCUGUGCCUCUGGAACCACCUGCUGUAAGCUCUCCACAGGAGACUGGGGCUGCUGUCCGCUAGUUAAGGCUGUUUGCUGCGAGGACAAAGAGCACUGCUGCCCUCAAAGCUACACCUGUAACUUGCAAACAGCCACAUGUGAGAAGUCCGACGACGGCUCCAUCUCUGUUCCUCAGCUCAGAGUCGUGCCGCUGCAGCAGAGGACCUCAGAGGCCGAGGAUGAGGAGACGCCAUGUGACAGCAGCAGCCCCGUCCGCUGUCCCAAACGGGACACCUGCUGCCGGACCUCUGCUACCGAGUGGGCCUGCUGUCCCUCACCCGGGGCUGUUUGCUGCCCUGACCUGAAACACUGCUGUCCCGCUGGGUUCUCAUGUGACCUGACCACGGGGGAGUGUCUACAGAACAAACUGCCGCCCUGGGACAUUUUCCAUCAGAAUAGAAGAGACUUUGGCCGUCCAGGACUCUAA